UGAUUGCCUAACGUAUAUUUGUAUUGUCAAGAGCGAUUACCAAUCAGCCUUUAGGCUGCAAUUCCUGGAGCCGCAUGAACAGACUAGUCCCCCAAUAAAUCCAGAUAGCAGCCCUACCGAAGUGGACAGGCUCCUAGACAAGGCCGCAUCGAGCAUUGACCGUGCUACAGCGAUUGGCCGUCGGAGACUAUGAAAAAUUGAGUAUUGAGGAUAUAAUCACGAUGAACAACUCCUCACAACGGUAUAUACCGGCACGGAGUCAUGAGGAGGAGCCCCCGGCAUAUGGUUCCUAUGGUGAAGUCUCAUAUCUUGAUUCCUCGCCCGCGGCGUCGCGUCUGCAUGGAGCCACAAUGCGAUUGCUCCCAACGAGCUCGGCGGUAGAUAGUGAUCUGAGUGCAGGCACCGGCAUGACCUCGGAGUAUCACUAUGGUAAUUCAUUCACUGAUGACGCAGUAGCGGAACAACAGGAGCAGUAUGCCCAAAGCCAGUAUCGAUAUGACCCGGAUGGUUCCCCGUCCAGACCUGCAUCGAGCCUCCGACAUGCGCCUACCAUUCCCCCGCCUGUAGCAUCUACGGCCGACUUACCGCACUAUGCAUCUCGUCCCGUUUCACCCACGCGCCCUUGGUCACCAACCCGUGCGCCUAACUGGAGUGGACCGCCAGCACCUCCGUCGGUAGUCAGCUCACAUUAUGAGCGUGCAGACCUCAACGGGAGCCCCAGACCAGGAACCCCGAGCUCAAGCUACGGAGGCAGUCCGAGACGGCCAUUACCACCUGCGCCACUGUUUGCACCCCCGGCGGGCUACGACACGAGUAUACCUAUCGGCAACUCGGACGAGGAUGUCUUUGGCGGAGGCGGCCGCGCUUCCGAUCCCCAAUUCGACAACCGUGCCAGCCUGCAGUCGUUCAUGAGCGAGUCGACGAUCAUCACGGAUGACAAGGACGAAAUGGCUAAGAUUGACUUGGACGAUGAAUACGACGAACGCGGAGAACUGGUCGACCCUAACCUGCAUUAUGGUCCUCCCCCCGAGAAGCAGAGCCGUCGCGGUGUCCGAGAAGCCCAAAUGUCGAAGAAAGAAGUCCAGCUCAUCAACGGUGAACUUAUCCUAGAGUGUAAAAUCCCGACAAUUCUGCACAGUUUCCUACCUCGUCGAGAUGACCGAGAAUUCACUCAUAUGCGGUACACUGCUGUUACAUGCGAUCCGGAUGACUAUAUCCAGAGAGGAUACAAGCUUCGUCAGCAAAUUGGCACAACGAUGCGAGAGACCGAGCUGUUCAUUUGCAUUACUAUGUACAACGAAGAUGAAAUUGGCUUCACCCGUACCAUGCAUGGUGUCAUGCGGAACAUCAGCCACUUUUGUUCCCGGUCGAAGUCUCGAACAUGGGGUAAAGACGGCUGGAAGAAAAUCGUUGUGUGCAUUAUCGCGGACGGGCGCAAGAAGGUGCAUCCGCGGACCCUCAAUGCUCUCGCAGCUCUAGGUGUUUACCAGGAAGGCAUCGCCAAGAACGUUGUCAAUCAGAAGGAAGUGCAAGCUCACGUAUAUGAGUACACUACACAAGUGUCUCUUGAUUCGGAUUUGAAAUUCAAGGGUGCGGAGAAGGGCAUGACGCCAUGCCAGAUCAUCUUCUGUCUCAAGGAGCACAAUAAGAAGAAGCUCAAUUCUCACCGUUGGUUUUUCAACGCAUUUGGACGGGCUCUCCAGCCCAAUAUCUGCAUUCUUUUGGAUGUGGGAACCAAACCAGAGCCCACGGCACUGUACCACCUGUGGAAGGCAUUCGACCAGGAUUCCAACGUGGCUGGAGCUGCCGGAGAGAUCAAGGCGGGCAAGGGUAAGAAUAUGAGAGGUCUUCUGAACCCGCUGGUCGCGAGUCAGAAUUUCGAGUACAAGAUGUCCAAUAUCCUGGACAAGCCACUUGAGUCGGUUUUUGGAUAUAUUACUGUCCUUCCCGGUGCGCUCAGUGCAUACCGGUUCUUCGCUCUGCAAAACGACGCCGACGGCAAUGGACCUCUCAACCAGUACUUCAAGGGUGAGACACUGCACGGCAAAGACGCGGACGUUUUCACGGCCAACAUGUACUUGGCUGAAGAUCGUAUUCUCUGCUGGGAGCUGGUGGCGAAGAGGGAAGAGAGAUGGGUCCUGCGAUUUGUGAAAAGUGCUGUUGGCGAAACCGAUGUUCCUGAUACGAUCCCUGAGUUUAUCUCUCAGCGUCGGCGAUGGCUGAACGGUGCCUUUUUCGCGGCGGUGUACUCGAUCGUGAAUGGAAGGCAACUUUGGAAGACUGACCACUCGCUGGUCCGAAAGAUUCUGUUGCAGAUUGAGAGUUUCUAUCAGUUUAUGCAGCUCCUGUUCACGUACUUUGGCUUGGCAAACUUCUAUUUGGUAUUCUACUUCAUCGCUGGAUCGCUUACCGACAAGAAAAUCGACCCCUUCGGACAUAACAUUGGAAAGUACAUAUUCGUUAUCUUACGAUAUGCCUGUAUCCUUGUGAUGGCUCUGCAAUUCAUUAUUUCGAUGGGUAAUCGACCGCAAGGUGCCAAAAAGCUCUACCUGUCCGGUAUCAUUGUCUACGGUAUCAUCAUGUUCUACACCAUCUUCUGCACGCUCUACUUGAUUGUCAUCGAAUUCUUGGCCAGAUACGGUGGUUACACCAAGGUCACUGUUAGCAACGGGCUUUUCGUGAAUAUCGUCAUGUCCAUGCUUUCGACCGUUGGGCUUUACUUCUAUUCGUCGUUCCUUUACCUGGACCCCUGGCAUAUGUUUACCUCCUCCGCGCAGUACUUCAUCCUAUUGCCCAGCUAUAUCUGUACUCUGCAGGUCUAUGCCUUUUGCAACACCCACGACGUGACCUGGGGUACCAAGGGUGACAACGUAAUGAACAAUGACCUCGGAGCAGCACGGACCAUCAACGGGACCACGGUCGAGAUCGAGAUGCCAUCCGAGCAACUCGACAUCGACAGCGGCUACGACGCCGCCCUGCGUAACCUGCGCGACCGGGUGGAGGUUCCUGAGGCCCCUAUAUCUGACAGUCAACUGCAGGAAGACUACUACCGCGCCGUGCGAACGUACAUGGUGUCCAUUUGGAUGGUGGCCAACGUUGUCCUUGCCAUGGCCAUCUCGGAGGUGUACAGCCCGGAUUCGGGCGGCACGAACAUUUAUCUAUCGAUCAUCCUGUGGUCGGUGGUUAUCCUAGCACUGAUCCGGACCAUUGGUUCCACCACGUACGCAGUCUUGCUUGUGGUGCAGAAGAUCGUCGAGGGCAAGACCAAGUUCGAUGCGGGCAACCUCGCCAACGCGAGUGCUACAGCAAGCUCGUCGGGACGGACAAACACCACGGCCUAUCGGUACGGUGGGGGCGCGACAUUGAAGGACAAGUUCUCGGAGGCGGGUUGGACGAUGAAGAGGCAAUUGGGGAAAGCAAUGUUCUGGAGGAAGUAGAUAUUGUUUGCUCGGUCUAUAUGUUGAGAUUUUCUUUCUGUGGAUGUUUUCGUUUUCUUAUAUCCCCUGUGCAUGACUUGAUGAAAAAUGCUGUUACUGAUGCUUACUCACAUGUACGUAUUGCAUGAUGAUUGAUGGAUAACGGAUAAUAAUGGACA